AUGACCUUAAAUCUUUGUGUACUGACUCCUAAUCGAAGUGUUUGGAAUUCACAAGUAAAAGCAAUCAUUUUAUCUACUAAUAGUGGCCAAAUCGGCGUAUUAAAAGACCAUGCCGCUACUGCGACAGCCGUAGAUAUAGGUGUUUUAAGAAUGUUAGGCCUUGACGACCAAUGGUCAACAAUGGCUCUGAUGGGCGGUUUUGCUAGAAUAAGCAAUAAUCAGAUUACUAUUUUAGUAAAUGAUGCUGAGAAGGGUAGUGACAUUGAUCCACAAGAAGCUCAGGAAACUCUUGAAAUAGCAGAAGCUAACUUGAAGAAGGCGGAAGGAAAGAGACAAUUAAUUGAAGCAAAUCUAGCUCUCAGACGAGCUAGGACACGAGUAGAGGCUCGCAAUACAAUUUCGUAA